AUGAAGAGAAUCAAUUCUAUAAUAUACUUCUUUGUAUAUUUUAUUUAUAAUAGUAGGCAGUUUACUGAGAAUUUAACUAAAAAAGAAGACUCUACUCAACUAAUAAAAAGUUUAGAGGACACCAAUGGAUUGGAUAGUAAGAUUAAAGGCUCAAAGGAAGAUACAGUGUCAAACAGCAAGAUAGAAGAAAGUAUUAAAAAAGAAAUAAAUACAAAAAGCAGUGCAAUUUCAGAUAGUUCAGAAAUUAACAAAACACACAAAGAUUUAAAAUCUCCUUUAGAAAAAGAGAAGGAUAUAAAUAAAGACACCUCUCCUUUUUCUCCCUCAAGUGACUUAUUCAGUGAAAAGAAGAGCUCUUAUAAAUCCAAGACAGACCAGAAUAGUCAGCACAAAGAAAAUAAAAUGUCUUCUGGCUGUUGCAAACCAAAAGAUGAGAAUAAGUGUUCAUGUAAGAAGAAUAAAUCAGAUGAUCUAUUCAAGCCAAUGGAAGAUGAUAAAUUCUGCUGCAAAAAGAAAAAGUCUGAAGAUUUGUUUAAGCCCAAGGAAGAUAACAAAUGCUUAUGUAAAGAGAACAAACCAGAUAAUCUACCUAAACAAAAAACUAAAAGCACAUGCUCGUGCAAAGGUAAGUUAGACGAUUCAUUUAAGCCCAAGAAUGAGAGCAGAAACUGGCAUAACCAUCCACCGAGCACUAAAGACAAAUGCUCUUGCAAGAAAAAUAAGUCUGAUCGCCCACACAAACCAAAGAGUAAUAAAAAGUGUUCCUGCAAAGAAGAUGAAUUAGAUGACCCACUGCCUCUAGUGAAUAAAGGCAAAUGUUCAUGUAAUAAAAAUAAAUCUGGCUAUUCACUUAAACCGAAAAGCAAUAAAAAGAAAAAAGAGGUUCAUAUAAACUCAGAUCCUAUGGAAAAUGAUUUUAAAAAUAAUGAAGAUUUAACUAUUAAAUGUGACAAAAAUAUGUCUUAUAAGUCCACAAGUGAAGCACUGGAUUUAUCUGAAAUAGACUAUAAAGUGUCUAAUUUAUUGCCACGUGAUAAAGAAAAAGCUAAGCAGUCUAGUACACCACCAGAACCACACAACGCCCCACCUGUGCCAGAGCCAGAAACAGCUUCUCUACUAAGUGCCCCACCAAUUGCACUAAAACCAGAACCAACUCCUGCACCAGCUGCUUUACAGAAUGAAUCAAAACCAACUCCUGCACCAGCUGCUUUACAGAAUGAAUCAAUGCCUGAGCCUGCUCCAGAACAACCCGCUAUACUUGCUCUAAUGCAGACUGCACCAGAUCAGACAAGCCCGCCAGAACCAGAGCAAGCAGACCUACCAGAAGAAUCACAAAAUGCUCCAGAACCAGAGCAGGCAGAUCCGCCACAAUCUCCAAACAAUGAGCCUGGCCCAGAAGAACCUAAUGUCAGUAUGAAUACAGAUGGCUCUAACCAGCCUAAUGAGGUACAUCACAUACAUCAAACUGUAGAUGGGGAUAACCCAGCUCCUCCAAAAGUAGGCUUUUUUACAGGAAUAUUCAGGGGUAUAUCUAGUGGUUUCUCAAGGGUGUUUUUAUGGAUUAAAUCAUUCUUUGUAACAGUCCCCCCUGAUGAUGUAGAAAUUAUUGACGUAAAUGUUGCCCAGGUUGAAGUAAAUAAUGUAAAGCCAGACCAAAAAAAUAUGCCGAAACCUCCUCCCAGUGCACCAGAAACAAAGACACCAUUGCUAGUUGGCGUUAUUUCUAACCCACAAGAAGAAAAGACCACCCCUCCAAACCUCACCAUUCCCCAGAAACCCCUUCCAACACCUGCACCAGCCAAUAAAAAAGCUGUUAAAUCCCCUACUCCACAGGAUAACAGUGCACCAAAAAUAAAUUCUAACAAAAUGCCAUUGGUAUCUCCUUCUAAUCAACCUGCUCGCAUAGAAUCCUCUUCCAAAUCAACUAAAUACUCUAAAAAAGAAGAGGAAUAUGAAUCCAAGGAAUCUAAAAACAUUCAAGCGAAAUAG